GUUAUGGCCUCAACGGAUUCAAAAUGAUUUUUUGGUUUCUCUUGGCUAUCAUCAAAUCAAUCUAAUUCAUGUUGAUUUCAAGGAGAGGUUUAUUAAACAAUUAGAUAAACACAAGAUGUAGUUAAUUUAAAUGAUGUGAAUGAUUACCUUGAUUAUUGCUAGUUACAACCAUUUGUAAUGUUUAACCUUUCUAAAUGUAAAUAUUGAACAUUGUGCAAUGAAUAAGGCGCGUAAAGAAGGCUUGAAGCGCGAAGAUUGAAUGGCAAAAAAUUGUCAAAUUAUAAAAGGGUGUGUAUUGUGUGUUAUAUGGUCAUUUAGAUUAAUCAAUCAAAAUUAGUUUAAAAUCAUGUUGAUAUACAAGGUGAUCGUCAUCAACCCCAUCAACAAAACCAAUAUUAGCAAAAUCAUUAUCAUUACCAGCAACAUUAACAAACAAUCAUAUCAAUCAUUGCUCUUGACCAGAUUUCAAUGCAUAAUUAUAACCCUAUUAAAUUGGGUAAACAUUUUGGGAACCCAAAAAUUGAUAACAAUUGAAAGUGUAUUUUAAAUGUGAAAUAAGCAAAACCAGAUUCAAAGAGCCAACAAGUGAACAGGCCAAUAACAGGUGAAAAUAUAUUCAAGUUAACCAGAAUUGAUGGAAACGCCGUGAACCCUGCAAUUGAAACUAUAAUUACAUUGAAAGUUACUGAUUCAAGACUCAUUAUGGUGUAAAAAAGAAUCGUGAAAAUGAUGUAAAAACAAAAAAGGCCAAUGAAACCAAUUGAAAAUGUAAAGCAAAAAGUCAUGAUUUGUUGCUCUUCAAUUGGACUCUUAAAAAUGGACUUUACCUUGUCAAAGAGAUGAUGACCACUGAAAGACAUCAAAGCUGGUUAAAUGGUUUGGGUUGAAACAGUAAUCAUUGAAAUGGCAAUUUAAGGUUUGAUUGUAAAUUGAAAAUAGAUUCACAGCAAGAAAGGCCCAAUUCAAGUAUCAAUUUGACUUCGGUUUGUUCAACUUUUCAAUAUCUUUUCAGGCUUAACAGUUAAUCUGAUUUUACUUUUUUUUACCUCUAAAUUGUGAUUCCAGUGCCAUUUUUUGAUUAAUAUUGUGACUGAUUACUUUUACUGAACAAAGGUUCAUUUCUUAAAUGAUAAAUGAAGGGUGGAAACUGUUAAAUCAACUUUUCAUCAUCUUAAUGUUUCAAAAAAAAGAUCAACAUUUUGCGCCUUUGCCGUAUCCUAAUAUUUAAAAUAAUAAGCCGAUGAGAAAAGGUAACAAGAAAAUGAAGCAAAAUGAAUUUUUCCCAUUUGUCUCUAUCAUCUGUUAACCAUCAUAAUCAAGCUUAUCAGGUAUAAAAGGUUGACGAUGUUAGCAUCAUGAAAGGGUGUCUUUAAAUUGUCAAGAUUCAUAGUGUAACAGAUAAGGUGCCUUAACUUGACCCAAAUGAAACCACAAUUAAGGGUGAAGCUAAUUGAUUUAGUUAACCAUAUCCACAGUUUUUGAUGAGAUUGGUGAAGAUGAGGAGGAGGAAGAAGAAGGCAGCAGAAAAAAAUGAAAGGAGCAAAAGGAUAAUGAUAUUGGUUGGUAACAGGCAAAGGUAGAUGAAGAUGAUCAACAACAAGAAAAAGGUUGAUAAGAAUACACCUUUUCUUAUACAACUGGGAGAUGAUGAUGAAGGAAGGAAGAUGAGGUGAGAGAGAGAACGUGAUUUGAAACCUUCUUCACUUUAAUUCGCGUGUAAACUAUCAUGCGAAUCAAUUCAUUUCAUUUUUUCUUCUUCUUCUUCUUCUCCCUCUUGAUCAUCAUAAUCAUCCUAUUUUAAGGUGAGGCUUUUGUAUGUAUGAGUGUGAGAGAGAGGCUCGGAAUGAAUAUGUUUUCCUGAGCAAUCACAUCUAUAUGAAUGGUUCAUGGUGUGUUUCACAUUAGCUUCUUGUUUAACCAGCAAUUGGUUUGCCUUUUUGUUUUUGUUCAGUUUUUUUCUUCUUCUUCUUUAUAUUUUUCUUGAUAAACAUGAUGAAGAUGGUGAAACUGCUGUCAGUAUUUCAUUUUGAAUUAAUAUUUUUAUUACUGUUCAUCAUCUUUGGUUAAGAUGAUGAAGAUGAUGAGGUAAAAACGGUAAACAUGGCGUACAAGACACGUAAAUACGCCUUACCUGAGUCAAUACUUAUAAUUAUGUUGCAUCUUACAGCUUUUAUUUUUCAACUCAAAACUUCUGUUUUUUGUUCAUUUGCCGUUCUUAAUGCAUCAAUUAAUGAUAUCUUGUAAUUGCAUGUUUAAUUGUAAUAAAAUUUAAUCAUUUAAUCUCAUCUUAUUCAGGUAAUUGAGACUUUAAUUAUCCAACGGGUUCAUCAUUUGUUUUUUGCCUUUUUUACACUUUUACAUCAAUUGAUACUCUAUAUUUGUUUACUGGUUGUCAUUAAUUGAUCAUUUGGUUGAUCAUUUGGGUUCCUUGCGAUUACAGAUUUUGUUCAAUUGUGUCUAUUUGCUUAUAAAGUAAUUCAUCUUAAUGGUAUUAUAAGCAUUAUGAUUAUGUAUUACGAGUAAAUUGUAAGAUCAAACUCAGCAACUUUCAUUUUAAUCUUUACGAUUGUCUGUUAAACUAUUGAUAAUUGAAUUGGAUUGUUUUUUGUUUUCAAUCAUGUCAGCAAUUUGUUAAUAAUGAUAUUUUAUAGCCUCAAAUUGCUAUUUAUAUUAACAGUUUUCGUUGUAAUAAUAUCUUCUUCUCAUGUUUAACAUUAUAAAUAAUGUCAAUCUUUUUUCUUCUGCCAAGUUUGGCAAAUUAAAAGCUAUCAUUAAUGACCAUUAAAUGGAGGAAUCAAUUGAUUGAGACAAUUAAUUUAGAGGAUAAUCUGAUCAAUUGCAAGAUUUGAAUAUGGGCCAGUUGAUGUAUCAAUGUUAUUCAAAUUGAUAAUUAUGUUCAAUGUUUUGUUUGCGUGGUAAAUAACAGCAAUCAAUUCAAAGUGAAACAUUGACAUGUUAAUCCAGUACAUUUGUUUGUAAUAAAUAACCAACAAUCAAAUUGUAUUAAAUUGUAUCCAAUUGUAAUAAAUUCAAUUUUCCAUUUGAUGUACAAUUUCAAUUUUACAGGUUCAAUUUGAUCAAUGGCUUUUAAACGUUAACAUGAAUUCAUCAACAGCAUAUAAAAUAUUCAUAAUAGUUUGUGCCGUUUGUUGUUCCAUCCAAUUGUAUAAGAUCACAAGAGUUUAUUUGGACUACAAAACUCGAACAUACAUCGAUAUAUCUUUCACUCCACAAAUUGAGAUUCCUGAUAUAACCUGGUGCACUCAAUUUUUAUACACAAUCAACUGGACCCACUGGUUGAUUGAGCACCGCCAAUUGAAACCAGAAGAUUGUAGUCUAGAUGAUAAUGACACCAUUGCGGUUAAUCAAAUUAAAAAGUGUUUUGAUAAGAUGGGACAAUACGCGUUCCAAGCUUAUGUAGAGAAGCACUUUACUGUGGAUCGAUUUUACAGGACAAUUGUCAAGUCGCACUCUGUGAUUAAUGGCGUGUUUUUCUGGACUCAGUUUGGUGAACUGAAUGGAUUGCAAGACUUGAAUGAGGAAAUCAUCUGCCAGACUAAAACAUUCAUUAGAGAUCCUCAAGUUUGUUACCAUGUCGCCUGUCGAAACAAGAGUGACCCUAACAGACCACUUUACUUUGCCAAGAAUAGAUUGAACAUGGCAUCGAAUAUUGGUUCGCUUUACCAAGUCAGUGUAUUGCAAGAGUACUUCAAACGCUGGGAACAUAUUUUCAUCUUUAUUCAUUCACCACUCUUUUUACCUCACGGCUUCGAGAUAUCUCACACAAUUCUUAGCGGAGUGGAUCAGCCAUCAACAUAUUACUUGCAGUUCAGAAGGAUGAUUGUCAAUCUUCUUCCAGCUCCAUAUAAAUCUAAUUGUAUUCAAUACCGUGAUUCCAAAGGGAAACUCCAAUCACAGGCGCAACAUUACGAGCAAUGUGUCAACAAUAAGACUCUACAAUUGGAUCCUAGUUUAGUUUUUUAUCGAACACUCAUUGUCGAUCCAAAUAAUACGAAGGCUCAUUUCGUAAAUAGACUAAGAUUCAAACCAAAGUACGCUGAUCUUUUAGAGGAAAUCCAUGAUACGUGCAGACAAGUAACUCUAAACUCUGAGUGUCGUAAAUUGUUUUAUGCCACAGCACUGAUUGGCUAUGAAGAUUUGAUCAACUCAAAUGCAACUCUCUUUACGAUCAUGAAUUCAGUUGAACCCGAUUUGAAUAAAACUACUAUAGCAGAUUUCCCGUUGGGUUCCUAUAUAAUAUACAUUGGCUCCACUCUUGGUACUUGGUUUGGGUUCAGCAUGUAUCACUAUUUUCAUGUAAUCUAUAAUAAAUUGAAGCCACUAACUUUUACCAAACCCAAAGACAAAAAAAAUUACAUUAAUACACUUGAGUGA